AACCUCGCCCUGAGUGAGAAGACAGUAUCAUCCCAGCGGUUGGCCUUUAACGGAUCUUCAAGCCUUCAGGCAAGAUGAGUGAUAAGCCAGACUUGUCCGAAGUGGAGAAGUUUGACAGGUCAAAACUGAAGAAAACUACUACUGAAGAAAAAAAUACUCUUCCUUCCAAGGAAACUAUCCAGCAGGAGAAAGAAUGUGUUCAAACAUCAUAAAAUGGGAAUCUCCUCCCAAGAGAAAAUUUCAACAUUGCCUGAGUGUCUUGUUUUAUAGGCUUGAGUUUUGUAAACCUAUGUGUUUGUAGAGAUUUUAGGCAUCUUCUGGUGUCUUCUCAUCCACUCUCUGGCUAACAGGUCAGAAGUAGCCAAUGCUCCAUUACCUUUGUUUUUAAACUUCCCAUUGGUGCGUAAAUUCCACAUGGCAGAUGCUAUCAAUGAUCUCACCAAUGAAGAUCUUUGUGUGUGUAGUCCUUGCCCUCCCUACAGGAUAAGCCACUUUUAACCUUCUCCAGUGGGUACCUCCAUUACUCAAUAAUCUUCAUGAAGUUGCAUGUUUUUUCUGCUUCUCACAGUUUGUUUUCAUUUCUCAUGUAGCAAUAAAAUAAUAAAAUCAGUA